UUUAAGAAGAUCAAAAAAAGAAGAAACAGCGUUUUAGGUUUGGAAAAUGGAGGGUAAGAUGGAGUCGUACGAGGAUGUGAUGAAGUCGAUGGCGACGUUGAUUCAAGAAGAGCAAGACCGUGGGUCGACGCCGACACGCAGGGAGUGUCGGAUACCCGCUGUGAAAGUGUGUCCACCGCCGCCGCCGAGGAAGAAGCCCUUUACGUUUGCGAAGAAAAGUGUGGAACCGCCGAAGAAUGGGUAUUUCCAACCGCCCGAUCUCGAGAUGGUUUUCUCAAUGGGAAGUAGAAGGCAAGCUAUCAGCCUAGUAGCUAAGUAGUAGCUUCUAGUUCAUGGGA